UGAUUCACGUGAUUACCGGUCAUCUGCUUCAGGUAGCCAAAUCAACCAGAGGCGCAAUCGCAACAAUACUCUCUUUCUACUUUCCUCUUUCGCAACAUCCGAAAGCCCGCAUUGCCAUCGCAUUACUCGUCGUAGCGCGGAAUCGGGAAUGUGCUGGCUGAUAAGGAAAGUUUCCGCGUCUCCACUCAGAGCUACCCCGCGGUUCCACGAUCCUGCGUCAUAUCGCCAGAGUCGUACUCCGCGCAGCGCACUUGCUGAACAUUCGCCUCAUUGGGUUAACUAGAAGGCACGAUACGAUUCCCGAUCUCGGCCGCGUUUUCCAAUAAAAGAAUUGAUCCGUGUAACGACAUCUGAGCAACAUUCCUCCUCCAACGUCCCCGCUAUCUCACUCCCAGAGAUCCUCCUCGAGAUCUUCCUCAACUUCAAUCACAAUGGCUCCCGCAUUCCUCGAGCUAGAAGCCCCCAACGGUGUCAAGUACACGCAGCCCACCGGCCUCUUCAUCAACAACGAGUUUGUCGAGUCAUCCAGCGGCCAGACUAUCACGUCCAUUGACCCCGCAACCGAGGAAGUCAUCGCGACUGUCCAAGCGGCCGAUGCCACCGAUGUCGACAAGGCUGUCAAGGCGGCCCGUGCCGCUCUAAAAGAUCCCUCGUGGAAGCUUCUCCCUGCUUCCGACCGGGGCCAACUCAUGGCCAAGUUGGCCGAUCUCAUGGAGGAGAAUCGAGAGCUGUUUGCCACUACAGAGGCCUGGGAUAACGGCAAGACGUACCAAGAAGCCCUGGAGACCGAUCUCGUUGAGGCUGUCGGCGUCAUCCGAUAUUACGCAGGAUGGGCCGACAAGACCUACGGCCAGACCAUCAACACCACGCCCCAAAAGUUCGCCUACACAAUCCGCCAGCCCAUCGGCAUCGUCGCUCAGAUUAUCCCCUGGAACUACCCCCUGUCUAUGGCCACCUGGAAGCUCGGCCCCGCCCUGGCCUGUGGCAACACUGUUGUGCUCAAGGCGGCUGAGCAGACUCCGUUGAGCAUCCUCGUCUUUGCCGAGCUGAUCAAGAAGGCUGGCUUCCCUCCCGGUGUGGUCAAUAUCCUCAACGGUCUCGGCCGUGACACUGGUGCCGCCCUGGUGCAGCACCCUCUCGUGGAUAAGAUUGCCUUUACCGGCUCUACGGCAACUGCCACUAACAUUAUGGGCAUCGCAGCCAAGACCCUCAAAAACAUUACCCUCGAGACCGGCGGCAAGUCACCUUUAAUCGUCUUUGACGAUGCCCAACUAGAGCAGGCCGUCAAGUGGUCACAUCUCGGCAUUAUGUCGAACCAGGGCCAGAUUUGCACGGCCACGUCUCGAAUCCUCGUCCAAGACGGCAUUUACGACAAGUUCCUGGCUCAGUUCCUCGACACUGUCAAGACCGUCAGCAAGGUGGGCACCCAGUGGGAUAAGGAGGCCUACCAAGGACCUCAGGUCUCAAAGAUGCAGUUCGAUCGAGUUCUCGAGUAUGUUGAGAUCGGCAAGAAGGAGGGCGCAACUCUUGCUACUGGUGGCCACCCCGUAAAGGUCGGCGAUAAGGGCAAGGGCUUCUUCAUUGCCCCUACUGUCUUCACGGACGUGACUCCCAAGAUGCGCAUCUUCCGAGAAGAGAUCUUCGGUCCAGUUGUCGCUAUCGUGCGAUUCAAGACCGAGGAGGAGGCGAUUGCCCUCGCCAACGACACGACCUACGGCCUCGGCGCCGCUGCCUUUACUACUGAUUUAGAACGCGCCCACCGGGUUGCCGCAGAGAUCGAGGCCGGCAUGGUCUGGAUUAACAGCAGCCAGGACUGCGACCCCAGGGUGCCAUUUGGAGGUGUCAAGCAGAGUGGUAUCGGCCGCGAGCUGGGCGAGGCUGGCCUCGAGGCGUACUCACAGAUUAAAGCCAUCCACGUGAACAUGGGUACCAAGCUAUAAGAUCACCACAAGGGAUGCAGAGUACCGUAUCGAAUCGAUAAAUUGGCCCUGUUUUAUUAUGGACUAAAGCUAAGCUAUGUAAGGCUUAGGUUUUCUAAAUCAUUUAUUAUCAUUAGGCAUAAAGAAUCCCGAAGGCAAUCAGUAGGGGAAGGAUCCAAGGCGAAUUUACUGAGUCGAUGGUAU